AUGAAUAUUUACGAGUGGUGUGACAAUUAUAUUAAAGCCAAUAUUAACAUCAAUAAUGAUUUGAUAUGGCAGGGUAUUUUUGUGUACGGGAACCCAGUUUUUCAGAAGCGGAGGAAGCUAUGGCAAGAGCUAACGGUAAGUAACAUGAACAAGGAGGAACCCCAAGCUUACAUGGGUGACUUCAAUGAUAUUUUAAGUCAAGAUGAGAAGGUAGGUCUCCAUCCUCAACCAAAAAACUGUUUAGAAACUUUUAGGAAAUUUGUUGAUGAUAAUGGUCUAAUGGAUGUUGACCUUAAAGGAAGUAGAUAUACUUGGUUUAGUAAUCCUAGAAAUAAUUUUGUUACUAGGGAAAGACUAGAUAGGGUGUUAGUGAAUUGGAAAUGGCUGCAAAUGCACCAGAAUGUUACUCUGAAGGCUGCUCCAGCUAUAAGUUCGGACCAUUGUGCACUUAUUUUAGAAACUCAGCUGCGAGAACGGAUAAAAAAAGAGUUCAAGUUUGAGGCCUUUUGGGCAGAUCACGAGGAAUGCAGAGAAGUGAUCAGGAAUAGUUGGCAACAAGAUGAAGGUAACAGGAAUUGCUGGAAUCAAUUCAAAAGGAAAAGAAACAGAUGCAAAAGGGAGCUAAUCGAAUGGAGUAGAAGAAAAUUCAGGAGAGCAGACAAAGAAAUAGAAAGAAUGAAAACAGAGUUACAUAAGAUCCAAGAAGCUGAAUUGAUGGAUAGAAACCAAGGAAGAGAGAAAGAAUUGAAGACCAAAAUAUCAGAACUUUGGAAACAAGAGGAAAAAUAUUGGGGUCUCAGAUCAAGGUUGAAAUGGCUAAAGUGGGGCGACAAGAAUACAGCUUUUUUUCACGCAUCAACCAUCCAAAGAAGAAUCAGGAACAGAAUAGAUAUCGUGAAAGACGGAACGGGUCGGUGGAUACAAGGGGAAACAAACAUAAUGAGGCUAGUUGAAAGGCAUUAUACCGACUUGUUUGCUUCGGAAGGGGAGAGAAACAUGGAAGAGUGUGUAAAAGAUAUUCCAAGGAGAGUCACUAGGGAGAUGAAUGAGGAGCUCAUGGCAAAAAUUAAUGAGGAGGAAAUAAAGGAGGCAGCGUUUAGUAUGGGGGGGUUAAAGGCCCCAGGGCCAGAUGGUUUAAACGGGUUAUUUUUUCAACAACACUGGGAUAUUCUGAGCAAAGACAUUUGUGCGUUAGUGAAGCAGAUUUUUGAAGACGGCGUUAUACCGGAGGAUCUAGGGGAAACAACGGUUGUUUUAAUUCCCAAAGUAAGGCGGCCGGAAAGCCUAAACCAACUCAGACCUAUCAGUUGCUGUAACUUUGUAUAUAAGAUCGUAACAAGAGUCUUGGUGGGGAGACUAAGUAAAGUACUUGAUCUCAUCAUUUCCCCAGUCCAGAGCGCGUUUGUUAAAGGAAGACUCAUACAAGAUAAUAUAGUUAUUGUGCAGGAAGCUUUUCAUAAGCUAAACAGGAAAGGAAAUUUGGGAAGUCAAGAUCUAGCCAUAAAACUGGAUAUGAAUAAGGCCUACGAUAGAAUGGAAUGGAGCUUCUUGCAAAGGGUUAUGGAAGAGUUCGGUUUUAGUAGUGAAUGGGUGAGGUUGGUGAUGAGCUGCGUGAAAAGCGCUACUUACAGAUUUAAAAUAAACGGAAACUUGUCAACCAAGAUAUACCCACAGAGAGGUCUAAGGCAGGGAGAUCCUCUAUCACCCUACUUAUUUAUCCUGGCAGCCGAAAGCUUCACUGUUCUCAUGGAAAAGGCGAAGAGGGACAGACUUAUCUCUGGAAUUAAACUUGCACCAUCUGCACCGGUUAUUACUCACUUGUUAUUUGCUGAUGACUGUAUAAUUUUUGCAGGUGCGCAGGAAGAAGAGAUUUAUCAACUAAUUCAGAUUCUAAAUAAAUAUACCGAAGCAUCAGGCCAGAGAAUUAACAUUGAGAAGUCUGGGUUGAUAUUUGGUAAUCAAGUAUCCAUUCAAAGGAGGGUUAAUAUAGAGGAGAUCACCGGAAUGGCAUCGUGGGAAGAUCCUGGGAGAUACCUAGGGUUACCAGCGAGAUGGGGCAGGUCAAAAAACAAGGCAUUAGAAUGGAUAAAGGAGAGGAUACUAGAUAAGGUACAAGGAUGGAAAGAGAAACUGUUAAAUCAAGCAGGAAAGGAGGUUUUGAUAAAGGCGGAUGUAGAAUGCCAAAACAUUGCACACUUGGCAAAACAAGCAUGGAGAUUAUUAAAGGAGGAGGACGCAAUCUGGGCUAAGACACUAAAGGCCAUAUAUUAUCCAAAUUGUAGCCUAUGGGAUGCCGAAGAAGGAAGGAAUGCGUCAUGGAUAUGGAAGAGCUUGUUGGAAGGGAGAGACUUCCUUAGAAGGAAAGGUAGAUGGAGCGUUGGGAGUGGUACAGAAAUUGACAUUUGGAAAGACAAUUGGGUGAUGGGAAAGGACAAGCUGGGGAGGCAUGGCGAAGGGCAACCCAGAAGGGUCUGCGACUUGAUAAAAGAGGGUGAGGGUUGGGACGCGAGCAGAAUUCAGGAGUUAUUUCCGGAGAACAUAGCUGAUUUAAUUAAAAGAACACCCAUAAGUUUGAUAAAUAAGAAAGAUCAUUUUAUAUGGCCGGAUAGUUUGGAUGGACAAUAUACAGUGAAAUCGGGAUAUUAUUCUGCGAAGGUGGAGAAAGAUACAAAGGAGGAGAUAAAACAGAGCAAAGCAUCAACAAGUCAGAAUUUUAGGGAGGUGUGGGAAACUGUUUGGAGAUUACCAGUGCCACAAAAGGUCAAGAUGUUUUUUUGGAAAGCAGCUCAUAAUAUAUUACCAGUGAACGAAAAUUUGUAUAAGCGUAGAUGUGCAGUUAAACCAUCAUGCAGCAUAUGUCAGGCUGAGAACGAAACAGUGGAACAUGCAUUACUAUUGUGUCCGUGGACCAGGGCAGUUUGGUUCGGUUCUAGCCUUCAAAUUGCGCCUACAGCUAAUAAUGUUUCAUCUUUCCGGGAAUGGAUGAUGGAUACAGUUCGGAAGAUAAAGAGCAGGACUGGCAAGGAACAGGACAGAAUUUUGUGUAAACUGGGAAGCGUUUGUUGGUGUAUAUGGAAGGCAAGGAAUCAGCACAUUUACCAGCAAACAAGAAUCAAUCCAAAACAGGCUAUUAUCAAUGCAGAGCAACUAGCAACUGAUUAUCACAACACAACAAGUAGUUGCAGCGCAGACAACAUAUCAAGAGCAGAUAAGAGUGGUGAAAGGAAGAGGAUUACCUGGAGGCCCCCGCCACAAAACAGACUGAAGGCGAAUACUGACGCGGCUUUCCAUAGAGAAUCUGGCUCCGCAGCUGCAGCAGUCGUCGUCAGAGACUGGCGGGGAAAGAUCAUUACUGGAAUAACAACAAGGUUCACCACAAAUUCAGCAAUAGCAGCAGAGGCUCAGGCAUAUAGAGAGGCACUUAUUCUGAUUAGGAAUCUACAAAUGGAUAACUGCUUAAUUGAAACUGACUGUUUACCUUUGGUUCAAGCCAUCAAGGCUAGAAUGCCGAUAGCAGAAGCGGAUGCUAUCAUUAGAGACAUUUUCCAGCUGCUUGACGAGGCUCCGGGCGUGGGAGCUACCUGGACUCCAAGGGAAGGUAAUAAUGUAGCUCACCAACUGGCAGCAAUGGCAGCAGCAAAUGAAAUCAGGAGGCAGUGGAUAUUUGAUCCUCCUAUUCAAAUCAGGAACACAAUCAGAACAGAAGCUGGACUCGCAACUCAUCAGCACAAUCAGCAGACUCAUAACCAAUUAGAAGGUGUCACAAGUCCUACUAACCAUCAGAGGCACCAAUUAGAGAAUGGAUUACCUGAGAGGGAGGAAACGAAAAAUCAGGACAACCAACAAGCUGAAGUGGGGAUGCAGCAGAGAUCCACCGCGGUGCUCCAGCCAACCUUCGAGAUCAGCAACCAAGAACUCGAUACAGCUGCACAAUCGAGUGCGACGCAGAAGAAUAACGGCAACGGAAUCACGAUCGGUGAAGGGAGCGUCUCACGGCGGAUCCAUUACCAGGGGCGUCAACAGCGGCGGUCGGCGAUGGGUGGCGAAAAUCGAUAUACCACGCUGACAACUGGCAUGUGCAGAUCGAUGAUGUACGAGCGCCGCAGUCUUCAGAUUCAUGCAACAACUCCUUCAGCGCGCAAUGGAGAUCCCGGCGAGAACGACAACCACAAUCACAGAACGUUUGAGCAUCACGAGUUUCAUCCUCAGAAGCGGGGCAGUAACUGA